UUUCGAAUUGGUCGGCUGUUGUCAGCAUUAAAUUGCAGUUUGCAUUGCAGUUACUUUAAUUUACGAUUUUUGAGUUUAAUAUGUCGUUUCUCCCAGUUUACUUUCAACUGGCGUUUUUAUUAACCUUAGAAUAAACUGUCGAUUAGUGUUUAUAUAUGUUAAUACCAUGUCUACCAGAGAUAAAUGGGUGCGGCGGUUCUCAGUCGACGAAACCGCAAAACAUAAAAGUGGUUUUACUAUUUAUAAAAUAACAUCUGUUCUUUUCCCUAUAGAUUCCCCUGAAGCAGUGACAGUAGUAUCUGUAUGGAAAAGGUACAGCGAUAUUCAGCAAUUACACAAGAGUAUGAAGACAUUACAUGCUGGCUUAUACUUACGAGGAACAUUUCCACCUCUGGCUAAAAGUAGUUUCUUUAAACGAUUUCAACAAGAGGUGAUAGAAGAAAGAGCAAAAUCAAUAAAAGAACUAUUGGAGUUUGUGGCUGAACAUAAACUGCUUUUUACAAGUACAGAUUUUGUGAAUUUUCUUCAGUCUGGCUACCCUGAUCCAGAGCCAAAGGGAGUUAUAAAUGCAAUUAGAUCCUCUCUCCAGCUGCCUAUUGAAGAUGCACCUCCACUUGAGUAUCAGACAUCUGAUGAUGAUACCAAGAGUCCAGAGAGUAAGAAACUAUAUAUUUGUAAAUUAUAUAACUAUACUGGUUAUUUUUUUAUAUAUAAAAAUCUUCAAUCAUCAACUACAAGUCCAGUACAUUCGAGUAUACCAACGGACAUAUCACAAAUACCAAUUUAUGAAGCCGCUGAUGUCGAAUUGCGAGUAUCGAGUCGAAAAACCGAUUCGAAUUCAAACAGUUUUGAGUCACUUAACUCACUCGAUAGUAUUUCCAGUGAUCUAUACGAUGAACUGAGUAAAGUUACUAUAAACAAAAUCAAGCCCCUUGUUAGAAAGAAUGUGUUGCCCGAUUUAAUUAAUUUUGAUGCGCCAUCCACGUCCAAAUUCGAUGAUUAUCACACAAUGCCAAAACGAUUCGAUGGAUCGAGUGUCGAUACUAUGUCGAUUAAUUCUUCUAUGAUGUCGGAGGUGGAUGGAGUUGUUAAAGAAUCUAGAAAUCUAUCGAUCUCACAAAAUACAGAAACAAUGAGUAAAUAUGACACGUCUUCGUUGCGAUCGAUUGGGUUCGAUAGAACGCGGCGCAGUUCGUCAUAUAGUGUUUUGUCCCUGUCUGGUAUGGAAUGUAAAACAAAGACAGAGGAUAGUUAUGUAUUCGAAGCUGGGUAUUUAUUAAAUUUGGCGGCGAGAAGUGAAGAUUUGGGUGAAUAUCAAAGGGCAUUUGAGUUCUACAAAUCUGGCAUUGAGAAGAUGCUUAUUGGUGUACAAUCUGAUUCGGAUCCGGAAAGGCGGGCGUUGAUAAAAGAAAAAACCAAUAAAUAUCUAUCGUAUGCCGAAGAUAUUUAUAAGAAUCAUUUGAGCGGCGCAGAACAAAGUCUAUUACCAGAGCGAGAGAUAGACACUCCAAAAUCAAUCCAUUGCGGGAUUCCCCUAUCAAUGCUUCGGCGACCGUAUGAAGAAUUGGCAAUGUAUCGCGUACUGGCAGUUCUUGGGAAUACCAUGAUGUUGGUACUGCAUAAGACUGAGCAAACUUGCUACGCCAUGAAGGUCAUUCAAAAAGUCCCACAAAAUCUGACAGAAUUUGACAAUUACUUCCAACGCACUCACGACACAAGAGAACCAAUUCUACCAACGCUCAUACCGUAUAUGGUGCCCCUUCACGCCUACAUAGACACAAAUAAUUUAAUUUUUCUCAUACUAUCAUACGCGCCUGGACAGAAACUAUUCGAUUAUAUCAAGAACUAUGCAAAAUCCGUCCCAAACACACCAAGGAGAGUGAAUUUAGAAAAUGUCUUCCCCAAAGAAACACAUUCGGAGAAUAAUGUUCCGACAGAUGUGAAUCGAAAUGAAGAAUUGUCGGUCAAGGAAUUGGUUACUAGUUCUCAGAAGUUGUUGUUAGACGUUGAUAAAGCGUUGACAGAGAAAGGUGAUAGUGAUGUGAAGAACGAGAAUAGGGAUGUGCCUAGUCCUAGUGUUAAGUUAUCAAAAUCGCCCCGUGACGUGCUUCCACCUUCAACAAUAUGUAUGUGGGGAGCGGAAAUACUGACUGCGUUAGAAAGUUUACACAACGCUGGUGUUAUUUGUCGUGACUUAAAUCCAUCAAACGUCCUCUUAUCUGAUGGUGGUCAGAUCAUUUUGACGUACUUCAUCCACCACUCCGGUAUGGAUAUGGCAUUAUCCCAAAUCCGGCGGUCUCCUUGGAGUAUAUACAUUGCCCCGGAGUUAUAUACUCAUGUUUAUAUGGAAGAGGAUGGAUUGGACAAAGUUUGUGAUUAUUGGAGCUUUGGGGCGAUCGUGUAUGAGCUUAUUUGUGGAGUGCCUCUAUCGGAGUACCACAAGUCAACUUUCACGAGCCAUACAAUCUUACAGCUUCCCGAAGGUCUCAGUGUUGAGGUGGAAUCUCUGCUCACUCAGCUCCUAACAUAUGAACCUUCGGAGCGUCUCGGCGGCGGUAAAGAUGGUAUAAAUGAAAUAAAGGAACAUCCCUACUUUAAACAUAUCGACUGGCAACACGUCUACAAUAAUUGGAUCGUCCCGGAUUGAUGCUAUUUAAAACAAAACAUUGGACUUGAAAAAAUUGGUGAGACCAACAAUUAAGAGCUACGUAAAAGUCGACAGUUAUAAUUGACUUCUGUUUUGAUAUAGGACCCAUAUUAUAUGAUACCGAAUCUAGUUACAAAAGUUUUCUCUUUUUAGAAUUAAGUUUGUGAAUCUUACCUUAAAAGCCGGCAACACAUCUACAGCUAUCAGCUACGACAGUCACCUAUUUCCGUUGAUUCCUUGCUCGGUUGCGUUUAUAAAAAUGAUAAAUGUCAGUAUUAUUACGAAUUUAUAGUAUAUUUUAAGCUAGUUACAUAAUACUAGGGAUGGCUAACUCAACAAAAUUACUUGCUCUCUAUUCUCAAAAUUUGACAGAUGGUUGUUGACAUUUGACAGUUGCCACUUGUUUUUAUGUUUACGUUAAAACAGUUGAUUAAAUUCUUAAAAAACGUGAGGAAAGGCUUUAUUCACAAGUAUAAAUAAAUAAAAUAACUUUUCGAAAGUAAAUUGUCAAAGCGAAAAAUGGUAGAUCAUGCGAUAAUUGUUAACUAGGCACGCUACAAUGUUACUCAUCCCUAUUACAUACUAAAGUUAAUUAUCAGUAUUUUAAAGGUAGUUUAGGUUAAAAGGUCAUCAGGACAUCAAAGUAUUCUAACUUUGGACUUAAACCUUCCUUUUAUAAAACCGUUAUUAAAUGCUUUUUUUAUAUAAUAAGAGUUUCUACUGUACUUUCUCAGUGCUAAUUUUAAAAUAAUAUCAUUGCUAAAGUAUUUAAAUGAGA